AUGAACCCCGAGUACUUCAGACUGACACGCCCCGAUAGANAAAUCAGAACCAUCGAGCUCGAUGGCAAGACAGUGAAGCUCCAGAUCGAGCGCUUCCGUACCAUCACAUCAUCCUACUACCGCGGCGCCCACGGUAUCUGCGUCGUCUACGAUGUCACCGACAUGGACUCGUUCAACAACGUCAAGCAGUGGCUGCAGGAGAUUGACCGCUACGCUACCGAGGGCGUUAACAAGCUCCUCGUCGGUAACAAGAGCGAUAUGACCGACAAGAAGGUCGUCGAGUACAACGUUGCAAAGACAUCGGCCAAGAACGCAUCGAACGUCGAGCAGGCCUUCUUGACCAUGGCUCGCCAGAUCAAGGAGCGCAUGGGCAACACCACCGUCAACAACAAGCCUACCGUCCAGGUUGGUCAAGGUAGCACUGUCCAAAGCGGCAGCGCCGGUGGCUGCUGUUAA